AUGAUGAAGAUCAAGAAACCUCUCAAAGAACUCAAGCUCUCUGUCCCAGCUCACAAAUCUCCCAUCUCCAGUUUCCUGACGGCAAGUGGGACCUUUCAUGACGGGGAUUUACUGCUGAAUCAGAACGGGCUCCGAUUGCUUUCUGACGAGAAUGAAGCCCUACCUUCGGAAACAAAGGAGAUUGAUCUUCAGUUCUCAUUGGAAGAUCUUGAGACCAUCAAAGUUAUCGGCAAGGGAAGUGGUGGUGUUGUUCAACUUGUUCGCCACAAAUGGGUUGGAACAUUGUUUGCCUUGAAGGUUAUCCAGAUGAAUAUACAGGAGGAGAUUCGAAGACAAAUCGUUCAAGAGCUCAAAAUAAACCAAGCUUCACAAUGUCCAAAUGUUGUGGUUUGCUACCACUCAUUUUAUCACAAUGGAGCUAUCUCUCUUGUGUUUGAAUAUAUGGAUCGAGGGUCAUUAGUUGAUGUAAUCAGACAGGUCAAGACGAUCCUUGAACCGUAUCUUGCUGUUGUUUGCAAACAGGUUUUACAAGGCCUGGUCUACUUGCAUCAUGAGAGACAUGUGAUACACAGAGACAUAAAGCCCUCGAACUUGUUAGUAAACCACAAAGGGGAAGUUAAGAUUACGGAUUUCGGUGUGAGUGCAAUGCUAGCAAACUCUAUGGGUCAACGGGACACAUUUGUCGGAACUUACAAUUACAUGGCUCCUGAAAGAAUUAGUGGGAGUACAUAUGACUUUAAAAGUGAUAUUUGGAGUCUGGGCAUGGUGAUUCUUGAGUGUGCUAUUGGGCGUUUUCCUUAUACCAAAUCCGAGGAUCAACCAAGUGGCCCCAGCUUUUAUGAGCUGUUGCAGGCAAUUGUUGGGAGCCCGCCACCCUCGGCUCCAUCAGAUCAAUUUUCUCCAGAAUUCUGUUCAUUCGUCUCGGCAUGCAUACAGAAGGACCCUAGAGAUAGAUCUUCUUCCUUGGAACUACUGAACCACCCUUUCAUCAAGAAGUUUGAGGACAAAGAUAUUGAUCUGAGCAUCUUGACGAAGCCGGCGAGCAAAAGCCCACGGAGCGGCAAGCCCAGCGGGUCGGAGGUGAAGAAGGAUCGGAAAUCGGGGUCGGGCAUGAUCGGAUCGCCCAAGAAAGGCGGCAAAGGCGGGAAAUUCACGUGGGCCGGCGGCGACGGCUACUCGGAGGCCGAGAUGGGCUGGGCUCAGAAGGGCGCCAUUGACGCCAAGGAUCCCAAUUUCGAAGAUCCAGACCAUACGCCCAAUUGA